UUCACCGCAACAAAAACUUACCCAACUCUCACUUGUCGCGCACAUUCUUCUUACUCGUCUUUUUUUUUUCACUUUAAUUUGUCGUUGUGCGGUAUAAAACGAUUUUUUUUCCAGUCUAAAAUCUGAACAAUCCAACACUUGUAGUUUGGACCCAACAAUCCCCGAUUUUAUUUUUCACAAAAAAUUCCAACAGAAAUACAAACAAAAAUUAUUCACCCGAAUCUUGCCCAUUGAAUUUAAACACACUCAAGACUCAACAGAAAGAUAGAAAGGUUUAAGAAGUAAUUUGGCGAAGAACUGGUUUUGUGCAGAAUUGUGAGAUUGAUUGGAUCAAUGUGUGAACUGUACAAUCUUGGAGGGACCUAAUCUGUAAUGCAAUCUACAAAUUCAAGUAAAAAGAAGUGUUUGAAACGUUCGAGAUCAUUUCCAAGUGAGAUGCCAGUGACUGAUACAAAUGAUGCAAAAACCCUUGAGGAUUGCAUCUUGUUUCCUGUUGAAGAUAUAGUGCAGUACCCUCUGCCUGGUUGCGGUUCACCAACUUCUAUAGGUUUUAGUCCAGAUGAUAGUUUAGUUACGUAUUUGUAUAGUCCAAGCCAAACUCUAUGCAGAAAUGUUUUCGUAUUGGAUCUCAAGAAUGGAAGGCACGAUUUGUUCUUCAGUCCACCAAAUGGUGGACUCGAUGAGAAUAACUUAUCUGCAGAAGAGAAGCUUAGAAGGGAAAGGUCAAGGGAACGUGGUUUAGGGAUAACACGAUAUGAAUGGGUUAAGGCAAGCGCCAGACGGAAGGUCAUUAUGGUGCCAUUGCCUGCUGGAUUGUACUUGAAGGAUCAGAAUUCAGAUCCAGAACUUGAGAUAGCAAGUACAUCUACCUCACCGGUCUUGGAUCCACAUAUUUCACCUGAUGGUAACAGGCUUGCCUAUGUGAGAGAUAAUGAAUUGCAUGUGUUAAACUUAUUGUACCAUGAAUCUAAGCAGUUAACAACAGGCGCCAAUGGCAAUGUUAUAACACAUGGUCUUGCUGAAUACAUUGCUCAGGAGGAGAUGGAACGGAAAAAUGGAUACUGGUGGUCAUUGGACAGCAAAAAUAUAGCAUUCACACAGGUUGAUUCAUCUGGUGUACCUCUAUUCAGAAUUAUGCAUCAAGGUAAAAGUUCCAUCGGUCCCGAGGCACAGGAAGACCAUGCUUACCCUUUCGCCGGAGGACCAAAUGUCAAAGUUCGCCUGGGAGUUGUUCCAGCUAAUGGAGGUCAAAUAACAUGGAUGGAUCUUCUUUGUGGUGAAAAUGACAAAGCAAAUGAGGACGAGGAAUAUUUGGCCAGAGUGAAUUGGAUGCAUGGAAAUAUUCUGACUGCACAGGUCUUGAAUCGAUCACAUUCCAAACUGAAAAUCCUCAAGUUUGAUAUCAAGACGGGGAAAAGGAAUGUACUAUUGGUUGAAGAACAUGAUACAUGGGUCAAUCUUCACGAUUGUUUUAUUCCUAUGGACAAAGGACUCAACAGAACUAAUGGUGCAUUUAUUUGGGCAAGCGAGAAAACAGGGUUCAAGCAUUUGUAUCUUCAUGACACAAAUGGAGUCUGUUUGGGACCUAUAACUCAAGGUGAUUGGAUGGUUGAACAAGUUGCUGGUGUAAAUGAAGUUACUGGCCUUGUAUAUUUUACAGGAACUUUGGACGGGCCUAUGGAAUCACACCUUUACUGUGCGAAAUUGUUCCCCGAUGCUAACAGUCCAUUGCAGUCCCCUUUGAGAUUGACUAAUGGACAUGGAAAACAUGUAGUUGUGCUUGAUCAUCAAAUGCAAAGAUUCAUAGAUAUCCAUGAUUCCUUGGUCUCACCUCCAAGAAUAUCGCUCUGCUCCUUGCAUGAUGGAAGCUUGAUUAUGCAUUUAUUUGAUCAACCGGUCAGCAUUCCACGAUCCAAAAAACUCCAGCUUGAAUCUCCAGAAAUAAUUCAGAUACAGGCUAAGGAUGGAACUGCUUUGUAUGGGGCAUUAUACAAACCAGAUCCGAUGAAGUUUGGACCUCCUCCAUACAGAACUAUGAUUGAAGUCUAUGGUGGUCCCAGUGUACAGCUCGUGUGUGACUCGUGGACUAACACAGUCGACAUGAGAGCUCAGUAUCUAAGAAGCAAAGGCCUCUUAGUUUGGAAGAUGGACAAUAGAGGCACUGCUCGACGAGGACUUAUGUUCGAAGGUGCACUCAAAAAUAACUGUGGCUUUGUUGAUGCUGAGGAUCAACUGACAGGAGCCGAGUGGCUCCAGAAACAGGGGCUUGCAAAACAGGGCCACAUUGGAUUAUAUGGAUGGAGCUAUGGUGGGUAUCUCUCAGCUAUGACAUUGGCAAGGUUCCCUGAGGUAUUCAAAUGUGCUGUUUCUGGUGCCCCUGUCACCUCGUGGGAUGGGUAUGAUACAUUUUACACAGAAAAGUAUAUGGGCCUCCCAUCUAAAAAUCCGUCGGGUUAUAUAGAGAGCUCUGUUAUGCACCAUAUAGAUAAUAUUGGAGGAAAGCUGUUACUCGUGCAUGGCAUGAUUGAUGAAAAUGUGCAUUUUAGGCACACUGCUAGGCUUAUUAAUGCACUCGUGGCAGCCGGAAAGCCAUAUGAAUUAUUAAUAUUCCCAGAUGAACGUCACAUGCCUCGGAAAUUCAGAGACCGUGUAUACAUGGAGGAGAGAAUUUGGGAAUUCAUUGAGAGGAACUUGUGAAUGACCUUCUCAUUGUUCUAGUUAUCAGUUAGGCUCUCGGGUCUCGCGGUAGAGAAGAUUUUGAGGCUCAUUUCCAGUUUAACAGCAUGUUUCACUUGAUUAUAGAAGAAAUUGUACUACAACAACAACAUACCCAGUGUAAUCCCACAAGUGGGUCUGGGGAGGGCAGAGAGUAUAAAUACCUUACCCCUACCUUAUACUAUUCUCUAUAAAACUAGAAAAAGGUAGGCAGGCUAAUAAAAGUUGUUUGUGUGACUGAUGUGUAAUAGCUGCCAUGUACAAUAAGCUUACCAGAUGUACAAAAAUAAUACAGCACUCUAUUUCCUGGGGAAGAAAUUUGGUUUUUACCCCC